UUUGUUUUAUACUAAAAUGAGUUAAACUGAACUUAAACAUUUAAUAACACAAGAUAUUUUUUUAAUCGUUUUCAUCAUACACAGUAAAUUGCUUUAGUUUUAGACAAGCCUGUGUUUUAUUUUGAAAGGCAGAAUCAGUUUCAGUCCGGAGACCUUAGUUUCGUGUCUUGAAAUAGGCUACCGUCAUAGAUGUCCACAGUCCUCAACCGUCAGGACGAUAAGGAGACCAACUGUUCACUAUGAACUCCAUGCUAACCCAAAGCCAGCAGAGAACGAUUCGCUUCGAGCUGGGAAAAUUUAAACUGCGGCUACUCUACAAGGCCAGUAUCCAUGGUUUCACCGCUGCAGCCUUCCACCAACGAUGUGACAACCACUGCCCCACACUGUCUGUUGGCUAUAACGCCUCAGGUUUUGUGUUUGGAGGCUUCACCAAACAACCUUUCAGUCAGACUGGGAGCUACAUGAACGAUGACCAGGCCUUUCUUUUCACCUUCAGUGGAGAAAAGCUCCUCAAAUAUCCUGUCACUUGUCCUGCUAAUGCAGUGUUCAUGAAUGCCAACUCUGGUCCAUAUUUUGGAAACGCGUUGGUUCUUGUCAAUGGAAGCAAAGCAGUAGUCCAUUGCAAUCCAGGAAAAUAUUACAACUUCACUGCUGCAGAAAUGCAUGGCAACGACCUCAACCUGACUGAGUGUGAAGUCUAUGAAGUGGAAGAAACAACAGAACUUGAGAGGCCAUGGAGAACUAUGAGCUGGGAAUCAGAGAAGAGGAAGGAGCUGAUGGAGAGUGUUAAGGUGUUCAAACCCACAGUCAGCUCUGUGUCCCAGGUUCGGGUCCUGCUCAUCGGACAAGUCGGAGCUGGAAAGUCCAGCUUCUUCAAUUCUAUCAACUCUGUAUUCAAAGGCCACGUCACCAGCCAGGCCAUCGCUGGCAGCUCUACCACCAGCCUCACCACCCGGUAUCGCACCUACGCAGUGAAAGCUGGACAAAAACCUCUGCCAAUCAUCUUUUGUGAUACCAUGGGGUUGGAGGAAAGCAGAGGGGCGGGGCUUGAUAUAGAUGACAUCAGCAGCAUCCUGAAAGGUCAUCUCCCAGACCGUUACCAGUUCAACCCGUCUGCUCCUCUGAAUCCGGAGACCAGCGGCUAUCGUCAGUCUCCAAAGCUCAAAGACAAGGUCCACUGUGUGGCGUACGUUGUUGAUGCCUGCAAGAUCUCCAUCAUGCCCGCAAAGCUGGAGGAGAAGCUGGAUGCUAUACGCAGAAAGGUCAACUUAAUAGGGAUUCCUCAGCUGGUCCUGCUCACUAAAGUAGAUGAAGCCUGCCCUUUGGUGACAGAGGACGUGAGAAACAUUUACAAGAGUGGCUACAUCAAGGAAAUGAUGCAGGAGGUCAGCUCUCGGCUCGGCGUGCCGCUGUCCUGUGUUGUUCCGGUGAAGAACUACAGCGAGGAGUUGGAGCUGGACCUGAACUGUGACAUCCUGCUGCUCAGUGCCGUCAUCCAGAUGCUUCGCUUCGCAGAUAAUUACUUUGAUGACAUCAGUGACCAAUUCAGCAACAUUGAAGUCAAAGAAUAAGAAGUGUUAGUGCAGCAGAUGUUUACAUCUGGUCCAUCAGUGAUGAAAGCAGGUGAUCCUGCUGAUCAAUGGAUGGAUCAUUGGGAUCCAUCCCAAGUUCACUGCACAGUUUAACUUUUGAGUUUUCCAACCAGCCCCUGUGGAGCCUCCAGUUUGUCCUCGCAGCUCCUCCAGUUUCUUCACAGUGAGCUGAUCCUUAAUAUGAUAGUGUUACUAGUGUUUUCUUUUGUUAUUCAUUGUUAUUAUAUACAAUGCUUUUUACAUUAGAGGUCUAGUUUAUUUAUAGAGUUCACACAUUUAAAGGUUGUGGUGUGUUUGCUCAUUUUGUGGGACAUUUCAUCACAACUUUGAAAAGCUAACACAUUACCAUGUGUACUGAGUAUGAGUAUUGAAAUGUUUUAUUUCCUGCAUUAUGGCAUUAUUCAUUUCUGCAUCAUGAUCUUUAUAUAUCUUAUAAACACAUCAUGCAUUUUACUUUGCCCUCGUCUGGUCUUCACUCAAUAAAAAGUUAAAACUGUCAGUCAUGGAUAAUUGAAAUGCACCACUUGGGUUUUAUUCAGUUAUAGUUAGUAACAGACUGUAGAUAGUAACACGCUCUGGGUUUUGGUGUUUUGACCUACCUUGCAUAUAUUCUCACAUUUGUGUGAAGUAUGGGCCUACAGAUUUUGUCACACAGUAAUUAUAAAUGUCGACUCUCAUACUAAAUGUUUCUCUGCCCUCUUAUUCUCAGUGAGUUAGUACAAUGGGUAUUUUAUUGACACAUACAAUACCUGAAAAUUCGACGUGUGUUUUCCAGUUCGGUUGUCCAACUUCAAUGUUAUAAUUUACUGUUUUUGUCAGGAAAAGAAAAAAACUUCUCAGUUCCUGUGAUGUUUGUAUUGACAUAUAUAAUUACUUGUAUUGUUAUGCUGCAUGUUAUGUUCAUUCAACCUUUGCUUUGAGUUGUAAAUGCACUCAGUCUUGGUGACAAUAAAAUCUCAUCUUGGCCUGA